GGGAGGAGCCUGUGGGUGCUGAUGAUGCAUCUCGUGGUGCUGUCAUGGAUCUGGAGGAGCCGUCUGAUCCACCUGCCGACGAUCAAGAACACCAGUCGCCGACCAACCAGAGGCCGCUGGCGUGGUUGAGGAGACAAUCGAAGGGGAAGAGGCGGCCACAUGACGGCAGUGAGGAUGACGGCAGUGCUCGCUGCCCGCCGCCACUGCCCGCCGCUGCUGGAGGCCGUCAUGAGCGUCAUGGCCGCCGUCAGCGACAAGGUGCCCUGCCAGCGCUGACGACGAGGGCCGGGGCGAGGGAGAGGGCAAUGAUGGCGAUGAGAUGGACAUGGCCGAGCAUGGCAGCGGGGCGGCGCCUGAGAAGGACGAGGAUGAAGAGCAGGAAGACGAAGACGACCGCAAAGAGCGGAAAGAAGGAAACGGAGAGGGGCAUCUGCAGGUACACACACACACACACACACACACACGUGAGUGCAUGUCUGUCUGUAUAAGUGUUGUGCUGCUUUUGUGCCUGCUAUGGUCUCUAGGUUCGUCUCGUGCCGCUGUGGCCAGGGGGAGGGCCCUCUCGACCGCUACGCCGAGGAGCGGUCGAGCGAGCUGCGUCGCCUCAACCACCACACGAGCACCUACAUCAGCUGGCACCCCGAUGGCAGAUGGCAAAUCUGCGUCCGCCACGACGGCAAAGCGCGCUACGCCGCCAUCCGCCCAAUCCUGCACCCGAGAAGCCAUCGACGGGGCCCUCGAGGAGGCCGUCGACAAGCGCAACAAAUUGCUCGAGACCAUGGGCUGCCCACCCAUCCGAUGACGCCAAUGGAGCUGAGCUGAGCUGAGCUGUCACUGGCCAUCGCCACGACAGCCCAUUGCUGCGUACAUUUUAUAUCCGUUGCCCUAUUGUUCGCACUUCACCGUCCUUCCGUGUGUCAAGGAAUUUACAUGACUGACAUGACGAGGUGCGGAGGGCGAGACACCGCAUGGACAAGACACGAAGGGUCAAGGAGAAUGUACCACGGCAAA